AGAAAUCUCAAAAACACUGAGUGAUCAUCCAUUAUCAUUCAUCCUCCUCUCUUUGCCAUUCCCUCCAAAAUACACUCUCCCACAAAACCAAUUUCCAUGGCAGACAAAGAAAUUAUUGAACCAGAUUGGUCCAAAAUCCCAGAUGAUAUCCUCCUCAAAAUCACCCAACUCAUCACAAUAUACUCCGACUACAUUCGCCUCCGAACAGUUUGCCUCAAAUGGCGUACCACAUUACCUUCCACCCCACCUCACACUCUCCCAUGUCAACUUCCAUGGCUUCUCCUCCCUCCUUCUCAUCCCUCUAUCACUCCUCACUGCAACACCACCAUCACCUCCACCUCGUCUCGCCGAACCGUGUACAACAUAAUCAAUGACAAGCUUUACUCUCUGUUUAUUCCUGAAUCAUCCUACCCUCGAAGAAUCCUCGGCUCUUCCCAUGGCUACUUAAUCAUCACCUCCGCCGGCCCCGAAAUCUUCUGCUUGAAUCCACUCACCAAGCUGAAAGUUUUCCUCCCACCUCUGUCUUCCCUUCCUGGAGUUGUCUCCUUUAGUUUUUCCAAUGUUGGGAGAGAAUACUUGAUUAAAGAUCAGAUAACAGGUCAUAGUUAUCCUCUUGAUUUGAAGCAUAUGAGGGAUGAUUUUAUUAGGAAGAUCAUUCUCUCUUCUCCUCCUUCUAAUGGGUCUACUUCAUUCGCCUUUGCAAUUACAACUUCUUUUCUUAGUAAAACCACAGAACUGGUUUUCAGUACAGUCACUGAGGACUGUUGGGUUUGGGUUCCGGUUUUGGAUUUUAAUGCUGAAGAUGUAAUUUACUGUGAGUCUAAGGGGUUUUUUUAUGCUGUUAAUAAUAAUGGGGAUGUUGGUGGUUUUUGUAUUGGUGUUGGUGGGGUUUGUGAGGUAACAAUGUGGCAGAGUGCGAAUAUAAUACCGGGUGAUCUACGGUACUUAGUGUUGCUUGAUGAGCAAUUGCUGCUCCUAAUCCGCCGUAUGAGCUCAGAAGUUGAUUUAAGAACAUACUGUGAGUUGUACCGGACCGUCGGUUUCGAGGUUUAUCGGUUUCACGAGUAUGAACCCGGGAAGGUUUUGUGGGAGCCGGUGAAGAGCUUGGGUGAUAAGGCGGUGUUUAUAGGUGAGAGUGCGUCAUUGGCGUUGUCAGCGUCAGAUUUUCCUGGGUGUAAGAGGAAUUGCAUAUACUUUACAGAUGAUCAUUGUAAGAGUAAUGAUGUUGGUAUGUUUGAUAUAGGGGAAGAAUGCAUUGAUCCAUUGCCCUGUUUUCCAGAGGAUGCAAGCUUGCCAUUGCAGUGGGAACCACCUAUAUGGAUCACUCCUAAUCCUCACUAGCUUAACUAGAACUGUCUUUCUUUUAUUUACAACAUCUGAAAUUCAAGAGAAUCAUGUUGAAAUCAAUGUGUUAAACGAUUCAGCAAAUGUAGUUUAUGUUGCCUUUCUCGAGAAAUUUGAUUUGAAUCCAGCACUUGUAGUGAUUUCUCCUUUGUGGAAUAUCUAGCCUUAAUAAGAUGAUGUCAACAACGUUAUGGAUUAUGGUUUCUAACCCUAAUUUGCCUUUUAGAGGAAUAAGGCAAAGAGACCUCCUCUCCUCAUAUAUUUUAAUCUUUUGCAUUGAGUGUC